AUGCACGCACCAGACGCCACAGCUCGGGCUGCCAGCAGCAGCAGCGCCGGCAGCACGCCCUGGUCCUGGGACCGCCUGCCCGAGGCCGCCGCCCAGAUCGUCCUGCAUUACCUCAUCCAAGGCCACGCCAAGACCGCGCGGCUGGUGUGCUCCGCAUGGCGGGACACCCUCGACGGCCAGGCCACCCGGGUGACGCUGAUGACGUGGCCUGGCCGGCGGUACGCCCCCUGUGACGCCGCCGGCCCCUCCAGGUCGCGCGAAGCGCCGGCGGCCGCCGGCCCUGGCCCGCUGUGGCCUGUGCACGUCGCGGCGCCCAACGCGACGGCGGUGGACCUGUCGCCGCUCCCGCCGGACGGGGAGGGGGGGCAGCUGGUGGCCCUGCUGCAAGACGUGGCGCGACUCACGGGCGGCCGCCGGGAAGUCCUCGUUUAUUUGCACCCCACAGAGCAGCCGCGGCAGCGCCCGGCUCAGCUGCUGACGCAGCUGACCCUCGGCUGGGGGGCGAUCGCCCUCGGAGAGAGCGCGGUCGCCACUGCCAGCGCGCCCCGCCGCUCGCGCCGCCUCCAGCAGCAGCAGCAGCAGCAGCAGCAGCAGCAGCUGCGGUCGAUCUCCUACGGCCACCGUCUCGAGCUACCCGAGGCCAUCUCAUCCCUCACGACCCUCAGGGCCCUCUCAAUCCUCGGCCCCUCGGCCAAUUACAGCCUCGCGGAGCCCCACCUGUUUGCCCACCCCGGCGCCGCCCUGCCGCCGGCGUUGUCCAGGCUUGGCCCGCGGCUCGAGUCGCUGGCUGUGGAAGGGCUGGUGCUGCCGCGGCGCCAGCUGGCGGCGUUCUCGGCGCUGACUAGGCUGGCACUGACCGGAUGGGACGCGGUGACAAAGAUGACGGUGCACCUGCACAAGCUGACGGCAUUGACUGAUCUUGACCUUUCCCUCGACAACUCGGCGCCAGACCCGGCGGCUGCAGGCCACCUGCUGCGGGCCGUGCUGCAGGAAAUCGCGCGCCUGAGGCCCCUGCGGCGCCUGCGGCUGUACUGGGGACCCCUGGAGGACGUCGUCCUGGCUGACGCGCUCGCCCCCGCGUCCGCCGCGCACGGCCGCUCCCUGGCGCGCCUCGACACCGACAUUUUCUACUUCGCCGCGUCGCCCGCUGAGCUGGCGCCGCUGAGUCAGCUGGCGGCCCUGCGGGAGCUGCGGCUGAUUGGCCUGCCGCGCAUGGACCCGCCCGAGCCAGACUCUGAGGGAGAGGACUGGGAGGAGCAGGUCGCCGCGGCCAGGGCGGCGGCCGCGGCGGCGGCGGCCGCGCCGCCGCCGCGGCUGCUGCCGGCCGGGCUCGAGGGCGUGACUUCUCUUGAGCUGUCGGCGAUGGAGUUGAUUCUUCCUGAGCGGAUCGUCCUGGGAGCGGGCGAGGGCCUGCGGCAGCUGCAACUGGAUACCAACGGCGGCCUGCGUCACCUGCCCGCAGACCUGGCGGCCUGCCGCUCGCUGACGUCACUCCGAAUCAGCGGGGCGCCGCUGAGGGACGGGCUGCCGGGGUGGGUGUCGGAGCUGACGGGGCUGCAGGAACUCAGCCUAUCCGGCGCCCGUCUCUCUGAAGUGCCCGCGUGGCUGCCGGAUCUCCCGCGGCUGACCCUGCUGAAGCUGUCAUAUGACGCAAUCCUUAUCAAAUGCCAGCCCCAGGCCGGCGCGCCGCCUCCGCUGCAGCGGCUCAGUCUGACGGUCGCCGACGCUCCCUUGAGCGAUUCGAACGAUUCGAACGAUUCCGACGAUUCGAACGGUUCUCACGACCCCUUGGCGGCGCUCAUGGGCCCACUACUGGGUCGCGGGGCGUCGACGGGCGGCCGGCCGGCGGCUGCAGGCGCCGUUCACGGCCCAGGGCCGCGGCAGGGGGGCGCGUACGGGGCGGCGCCUGGCCGCGCGCCCGGCGGCGGGCCUGCGCCGGCGUCGGGCGGCGUGGUGGGGCUGCGCGAUCUGAACCUCGGUGGCCUGAAGCUCCCUGAGCCCGGCCGGCUGCGCAUGAUGAACUGGGUGGCCGGCCUGAGGUGGCUACGGGUGCUGGCGGCGAGGUAUUGCGGCCUGGAGCGGCUGCCAGACGGCCUGCCGCCCUCCCUCCAGGACCUGGACGUCUCGUUCAACCAGAUCCGUGAUCUGCCCUCGGACCUGUCGAACCUUGUGGACCUCGAAAUCCUCAACGUCGCCUGCAACCCCUUUAGGUCGCUGCCGGCGGGGGUCACGCGCCUGCACUGCCUGCGCGAGCUGCACGUGAACCACUCCAAGCUCGAGGAGCUCCCGGUCAAUAUGGGGGCGAUGGUGUCACUGGAGGAUGUCUACGCGUCGUCCAACCCCGGCCUCUCGUCGCUGCCCCCAUGCCUGGGCGCCGCGCCCGCGCUGCGGCAGCUCCACCUCAGUGACACCGCCAUAGGCGGGCUGCCGCAGGAGUGGCUGCCGCAGGGGGGCCGCCCCCGCGCCAGCCGCCAAGCGGGCGGCGCGCGCGGGGGCGGCGGGGUGAUCGCGGUGCUGCCGGCGCUGGCGCUGCUGACGCUGCCGCCCGCGGCGCUGAGUCGCGACCCGGUGGUGGCCGCGUUCAAGGCACGGGGCGUCGCCGCGGUCGCGGAUGGGUGCAUAGACAUUGGCAGCGGCGGCGGGGCGGAGGACGACGAGGAUGACGACAGCGACGAGUGGGAGUAA